AUGAAGGCGGAGGAAGUAUGUGACAACAUUGAGAAAAAUUUUGAAAAACGUUUCAGUGAUGGAGUGGGAAACUAUUUUGAAUUGGAGACCAACUGUGAAAAGCAAAAGACUGUCUAUGUUGAAGAGCUACAUUGUCAUGUGUUGAAAGGCAAAAACACAUACCGUUGUGAUUAUGAUAACAAACAAAGCAUAGAGGUAUUCACUAGAAUUGAUCUUCUGCUUCGUCUGAUAUACAUACUUUUAAAGAUAGACAUGACGGCCAACAUACGUUCGAUUCAAUAUUCAUAUAAAGAGACAUUUGCCAAUACUAUUGCAGUUCAAAAGGUGUUUGAACGCAUAUGUAAAGCGAUUGGGUGUGAUAAAGACAGCUUAAAUAUCUUUGUGUCGGUUAAAGGGAGUAUUGUUGGUGAUAUUGAAUUUAAAUUCACCAAAGGAGAAACAAUUUAUACAACUAAUUGUCAAAAGGCGAUUCGUAUAGAGCCUCGUGACGUAGCCAUGGAACUCGAGUUUGUUAAACUGACUAAGAAAGAGCUCUUGCUCAUAUUGGUUGUUGAAAAAGACAAAAUUUUUCAAAGACUUGUGGAGGAAAAAUUCCAUCACAGAUUUCGUUGCAUUAUUAUCACUGGUUGCAGAGUGCCAACUAUUGCAACUCGGACUCUCUUACACAAGGCGCAGAAGCAACUCAAUUUCCUAGUAGUAUUCCUUAGAGACCAAAAUGGAGGUGGCUUCAAGGUUUGUUCCAACUACUACUGUGGCAGCCAAGAUAUGGUGUACAACUCUAUAAACUUAUGCACACCAAACAUUAAGUUGUUGGGUUUGAGUCCAUCAGACCUUGAAGAACAUGGUACACCCGCUGGGAGUGAACCAAUGCGUGGGCUGAAAACAAUCAAGCAGCUUAAUCUUGUCUAUUAA